GCCUACAAGCAUCUUUGUUAGUCAGACAUCCAGAAACCAAUGUGCUUCUAGUGAACUUUGAUCCCAUGCUGCUACAAGUGAUCAGGGAAGCAGAAUGUAUGCAUAAACUUGAGUUAGAGGUGCCAUCUGCUGCCAAUGUUAUUUGUCUAUCCCAAGAAAAACUCAGGAAUAAUUGUGAUAUGUUGAAGUCCCUUCUAGAAGAGAAUGUUGCACUGCGUGCUGAAAUUCCAUCUAUAUUCCAAGCUGUAAUGGCACCACAUUUGAAGAAAGUGGACCUUAUUAUCCAACCUGGUCUCACAGUCUUAUCCUGGACAUCUCUCAACAUUGAAGCCUAUUUCCACAGCAUCAGAAAAGCUUUGAGAGACUUGGCAUUGUUGGUGAAAGAGGUGAAUGACAUUCGUGAGGCUCGUAUCGAUUCUCUAUUAGAUGAAAUGGGAACGAUGAUGCUUUGUGACUUACCGA